AUGGGGAAGAAGUCCCGGGUGGUACCCGGCCGAAGGCCUAUCCUGCAGCUCUCUCCGCCGGGUCCCCGGAGCAGCACUCCAGGCCGGGACCCGGAGCCCGAACCCGACAUCGAGCCGGAUUCGACGGCGGCGACGCCUAGCCAGCCAGCCCCGGCGGCGCCGACGACCACAACGACCGCGGCGACUGCCGCGGCGGCCCCGGAAGAGUCGCCUUCAGAAGAUGAACAGGAAGCGGUGGUGGAGGUUCCCAAAGUUGUUCAGAAUCCUCCAAAACCAGUCAUGACCACCAGACUCACAGCCGUUAAAGCAACAGGAGGUUUGUGCUUGCUUGGUGCAUACGCUGAUAGUGAUGAUGAAGAGAAUGAUGUUUUGGAAAAACCAGCGCAGUCUAAAGAAGCGAAUGGAAACCAGUCAACUGAUAUUGAUAGUACAUUGGCCAACUUUCUAGCGGAGAUUGAUGCAAUAACAGCUCCUCAGCCUGCUGCUCCUACAGGAGCUUCUGCUCCACCUCCAACUCCACCUCGCCCAGAGCCAAAGGAAUCAGCAGCAUCUGCCCUUUCUUCCACUACUUCGAAUGGAACAGACUCAACCCAGGCAUCAGGGUGGCAGUAUGACACUCAGUGUUCACUGGCAGGAGUUGAGAUUGAGAUGGGAGAUUGGCAAGAAGUCUGGGAUGAGAACACAGGAUGCUAUUAUUAUUGGAAUACACAAACAAAUGAAGUGACAUGGGAAUUACCCCAGUAUCUUGCCACCCAGGUACAGGGAUUACAACAUUACCAACCCAGUUCGGUAACAGGUGCUGAAACUAGUUUUGUGGUGAAUACAGACAUGUAUAAUAAGGAGAAAAAUAUUUCUGUUUCCAAUAGUAAAAGUGGACCAGUCAUAGCCAAGCGAGAAGUUAAAAAGGAAGUAAAUGAAGGAAUUCAAGCUCUCUCAAAUAGUGAGGAAGAGAAAAAAGGGGUGGCAGCAGCACUGCUUGCUCCGCUAUUGCCUGAGGGAAUAAAAGAGGAAGAAGAGAGAUGGAGAAGAAAAGUAAUUUGUAAAGAAGUAGAGCCAGUUUCAGAAGUGAAAGAAAUAAGUACAACAGAAGAAACAGCAACAAUAGUAAAGCCACAGGAAACUGUAUUGGACAAUAUGGAAGACCCGUCUCAGGAGGAUCUUUGUAGUGUUGUUCAAUCUGGAGAAAGUGAGGAGGAGGAACAAGAUACCCUUGAACUAGAGCUCGUUUUGGAAAGGAAAAAAGCAGAGUUGCGAGCCUUGGAGGAAGGAGAUGGUAGUGUGUCAGGGUCCAGUCCUUGUUCUGAUAUCAGCCAGCCAGCAUCUCAAGAUGGAAUGCGAAGACUUAUGUCUAAAAAAGGAAAAUGGAAGAUGUUUGUUCGAGCUACCAGUCCAGAAUCUACCAGCCGGAGUUCUAGCAAAACUGGACAGGAGACUCCAGAAAAUGGAGAAACUGCAAUUGGUGCUGAAAAUUCAGAAAAAAUAGAUGAGAAUUCAGACAAAGAAAUGGAAGUAGAAGAAUCUUCAGAGAAAAAUAAAGUACAAACAGCACCUAAAGUAGAAGAAGAACAGGAUUUAAAAUUUCAGAUUGGAGAACUAGCAAAUACCCUGAUGAGUAAAUUUGAAUUUUUGGGCAUUAAUAGACAGUCCAUCUCCAACUUUCAUAUGCUGCUCUUACAGACUGAGACUCGGAUUGCAGACUGGCGGGAAGGGGCUCUUAAUGGAAACUACCUUAAACGAAAACUUCAGGAUGCAGCAGAGCAACUAAAACAGUAUGAAAUAAACGCCACUCCUAAAGGCUGGUCCUGCCACUGGGACAGGGAUCAUAGACGAUAUUUCUAUGUAAACGAACAUUCGGGCGAGUCUCAAUGGGAGUUCCCAGAUGGUGAGGAGGAGGAGGAAGAAAGCCAAGCACAAGAAAGUAAAGACGAGACUCUUCCUAAACAGACCUUGAAAGACAAAACUGGCACUGAUUCAAACUCUGCAGAAUCCUCUGAGAAUUCCACAGGUUCUCUUUGUAAAGAGUCCUUUACUGGUCAAGUGUCUUCUUCAUCACUCAUGCCACUUACUCCAUUCUGGACCCUCCUUCAGUCAAAUGUGCCUGUGCUUCAACCUCCAUUACCUUUGGAAAUGCCACCACCCCCACCUCCACCCCCGGACUCUCCUCCCCCUCCCCCUCCUCCCCCUCCUCCUCCUCCUCCUCCUCCCCCACCUCCUCCUCCAGUAGAAGAUAGUGAGAUCCAGGAGGUAGAGAUGGAGGACGAGGGAAAUGAGGAGCCUCCUGCCCCAGGAACAGAGGAGGAUACUCCAUUGAAACCUACACAAACUACAAUUGUAACUAGCCAGAGUUCAGUUGAUUCUACCACCUCUAGUUCUCCUUCCACUAAGGCUGUAAAGAGAAAAGCUACAGAAAUUAGUACUGCAGUAGUUCAGAGAUCAGCUACCAUCGGUAGUUCUCCAGUCCUGUACAGCCAGCCAGCUAUAGCUACAGGUCAUCAGGCAACAGGGACUGGACAACAGUCUGCAGGGAUUGGACACCAGGCAGUAUCAUCAGUUAGCCAUCCAGCAACAGGAAUGGGUCAUCAAGCCAGAGGAAUGAGCUUGCAGUCAAAUUACCUAGGACUGGCAUCAGCUUCUGCAAUUAUGAAUUAUGCUGAAUGUUCUGUCCAAAUGGCAGUGGCUGCUCCCACAUUGCAGCCAGUACCGGCUCGAAGUGCUGUGCCUACAACUGCUGUUGUAGAACCGCCUCCGCCUCCGCCUCCUCCAUCAACACCACCUCCACCAGCUCCCAAAGUGCCACCGCCUGAGAAGACAAAAAAAGGAAAGAAAGAUAAGGCAAAGAAGAGUAAAACAAAAAUGCCAUCUCUGGUAAAGAAGUGGCAGAGCAUACAGCGUGAGUUAGAUGAAGAGGAGAACUCUAGUUCCAGUGAGGAGGACCGGGAAUCAACUGCACAGAAGCGAAUUGAAGAGUGGAAACAGCAGCAGUUGGUCAGUGGCAUGGCAGAGAGAAAUGCUAAUUUUGAAGCCCUUCCUGAAGAUUGGCGAGCAAGACUGAAGCGAAGGAAAAUGGCUCCAAACACAUAA